AUGUCGGGAAUUUCUAUAGGAUUCGUCUCGGGUUCCGAGGAAUUCAGGGCGGGUCCUGUCAAAGAAGGGUCAAAACAAUAUGGGAUAGGCUUUAAUGAAAGAAAACUUAGAGGUCAUUUUGACAGGGAGAAUCAAUUCGAACAGGGGCAAACCAUCGGCGAAGUUGAUUGUACUACAUCGAGCGGCAGAGGUAGAGUGGCAGGCAAAACUUACAAGGAGGCAGUUGAAAGCGAGUAUGGGCUAGAAAGAACGGUUACUGAGAACUUCACUUCGAUUGGGAAAUCGAACUGGAGUUGGGUGGUGAUUUGUGAGAGGCAAGUUCUAAAUUAA